CACUUGCCUCUUUAUUCAUAUCAACUUAUAUAAAUAUUACCCGCCCUAAAACACAGAAGAAAGGCAUAGGCAUUUUAGUACACUGUUGACUUCCUUCCUCCGUGUCUACAGUUCUCUCCAGAUGACGGUCAUAUCACCAUCUCUCGACGAUGAGCGGCUCUUCACUUCCCGUCAAGCGGGCGGUCGGUUUCUUUACAAGAUCUAUUUCCUGGUUUUUCUUACAGGAAUAGUUUCUUUGUUGUACUAUCGCGUCACGAAUAUAGCUUAUGAUCAUCCAGUUCUAUGGUUUCUCAUAACUUUAGCUGAAUUCUGGUUUGGAGUCACUUGGUUCUUACAGCAAGGAUUCAGAUGGGCACCAACGUAUCAUGUCGAAUACCCAGAACGUCUGGCAGAAUCAAAUCUACCACCGAUUGACGUCUUAGUGUGCACGGCUGAUCCAGACAGAGAGCCGCCUUCCAUAGUAGCAAACACUCUAUUGUCGUUGAUGUCUUACGAUUAUGAUGUUAACAAGCUCUCUUACUAUAUCUCCGAUGAUGGUGGUUCUCAGUUGACUUUUCACGCCGUUUAUCUGGCUUCCAUUUUUGCCAAAUCUUGGUUGCCUUUCUGUAAGAAAUAUAAUGUAGAACCAAGGUCCCCAAAAGUUUACUUCUCCACUUCAUCAACUUCUUCUCCUUCCGGUCAAAGUUUCAGGCAGGAAUAUGACAAAAUUAAGGCCAAAUUCGAGAAGAUGCAAGAGCGGAUUGAAAAGGCAGGACAAAUACGAAAUGUGCCAAUUGAAACAAGAAAUGAGCACAAGGGCUUCAAGGAGUGGGAUACCAAGGUCGACCCUCGUGACCAUGCCAGCAUAAUCGAGGUUUUGCUGCGUGGAAAUGGAGUCGAUAAAGAUGACGAGGGCAAUCCAAUGCCAUCCCUUGUAUAUGUCUCCAGAGAAAAACGACCUACUUCCCACCAUCGUUUUAAGGCCGGGGCGUUAAACGCCUUGAACCGAGUGUCGGCAUUGAUAAGUAAUGCCCCGUUAGUUAUCAAUGUCGACUGCGACAUGUAUUCUAAUAAUUCACAAGCACUUCGCCAUGCCGUCUGUUAUUUCUUAGACCCUAAAGAAAGCCACCGCAUCGGCUAUGUUCAGUUCCCGCAGAGCUUUGGUGGGAUUACGGAUAAUGAUUUGUACGGAAAUGGCGUGAAAAGAAUUUAUGAGAUUGAAUUUUUCGGCACCAAUGCACACAAUGGGCCUAUGUACGCUGGAACUGGUACGAUUCACCGUCGGGAGUCUCUUAAUGGAAGGAAAUAUGAUCCAAAUGUUAAAAUCAAAUUAGAAGACAAAUCAGUCAGAGGAAGUAAGAACUGGGUUGAAUUGGAGGUUCAUGCAAAACUUGUAACAACUUGCACAUACGAGGAAGGCAAACCAUGGGGGAGUGAGAUGGGACUAAUGUAUGGAAGUGCAGUUGAGGAUGUAUACACUGGGCUAGUGUUGCAUUCAAGGGGGUGGAACUCGAUAUUUUGUAGCCCUGAGAGGAAGGCCUUUCUAGGUUUGGCACCAGUUAACACCAACGACACCCUCAUUCAACACAAAAGAUGGUCAACUGGCUUGCUUGAGAUCUUCCUCUCAGAUUACUGUCCUAUGAGUUUGGCUAAUCUUUUUGGAGAUGGGAAACUAAAGCUGGGACAAAUAAUGUGCUACAGUUUCUACACUUUGUGGGCACUCUGGUGCUUACCAAUGCUCAUUUAUGCUGUCGUGCCCCCUCUAGCAAUGGUGAACGGGAUAUCCUUAUUUCCAAAGGUAACUAACCCUUGGUUUAGGAUUUUCAUCUUCUUAGGGAUUAGCUCUCAUGUAUUUAGUUUAGCGGAGCUAAUGUUGGCUAAAGGGACCUUCAAGAUGUGGUGGAACGAAACAAGGAUGUGGAUGCUGAAAGGAACAUCCUCGUACCUGUUUUCAGUUAUGGUCACAAUUUUGAAAGCAUUGGGUAUUUCUGAAUCAGGGUUUGAAAUUACUAGCAAAGUCAUUGAUGAAGAAGCAUUAAAGAGAUACAACAAAGAAAUGAUGGAAUUUGCAGUCGCAUCCCCCAUGUUUAUUCCACCUAUAACUCUGUCGCUGCUGAACUUAUACUGUCUUGCAAGGACAGUAGUAUCACUAGUCACAGCAACAGUCAUGUCCAAUAAUCUUGAAGAAGCAGAACUCAAUACCAGUCUUGGUGUCAGUAACUCAUUGGCGUUGGUCCUACAAAUAAUCAUUUCAGGAUAUAUAAGCAUUAUGAGCUUACCGAUAUACAAGGCCAUGAUCUUGAGGAUGGAUAAAGGUCGCAUGCCAACGUCAGUGACCGUGUACUCAAUCGGGCUUUGUGUUACUUUGGUCUACCUAGCUUCAGUUUUCAUGUGAUUUGAUAUGGGACUUUUGUACAUUUUAAUUUCUAGUCUUUGUAUGCUUUUCGAAAGGUCUUCUAUUUAGUAGCCUUAAUCUGCGAAAGUUACAGUUAGAUCUAUGUGCACCAUUAUUCUGGUUUGGGCCAGUGUUGUAUAUUUUGAUUUCUGGAAUGUAAGUAGUGCAUCUGUUUUCACUCUAAAACAGACAUGUGUACUUUGGAAACUUUCACGACCUUGAUGCGCUAAAACCAAUUGAAAAUGACGAGGA